GGUAAGAAAGCGGGGGGAAGGCGUGGACGCUGGUCCCACUGCGGAAGAUAUCGGCAGUAACGAGAACAAGUGGACGAUUGGUGUUGGUAUCGGUGUUGGUGUGCUUGCUUCGUUAGCUGUUGGGCGUAUGUACGGGAGAGGGCGUGGUAAGAAAGCGGGGGGAAGGCGUGGACGCGGGUCCCACUGCGGAAGAUAUUGGAUGGAAGGGGGUAAUGGGUUUGGCCAAAACCCUCAAGGGGUAAGCAAAGCGCCGUUUGCGAGUAACAGUGCUGCUCCAGUUGCUUAUCCACCACCACCGGGGAUUUUCCCGCAACAGCAGUUUAAUGCAGCGUCAAUGAUGCCGCCUGGUGUGAUUACUAUGCCGAGUAAUCCAAUGCAGCAUCAAGCCCUUUCGCAGGGACAAUGGUGUGCACAGCCAUGGCAACCCGCUGGCCAAUGGCCAGCGAAUCAGCAGUGGAGUACGCAGAAUCUACCAAGUCAGCAACUGAAUGGACAACAACAUUCAUUCCAACAGCAUUCAUUCCAACAACAAGGAACUGGACACGGCAAUCAAGGGCACGGAACUACUGGAGGUGGAGGAAAAGGACCUGCUGUGAAUGCUUUUCCGGGACCAGGAAGCCGGGCAUACUUCACUAAGGAGUACAUGGACAUCUUGGAGGAGAUUAAGAUGGACAAGGCGCUGGACGAAGCAAAGAAGAAGAUUGCUACAUCCAGACGCAGUGGGGUCAAGAUUGUGGAGCUUCCGACGGAGAGUAGCCACGGCGAAAACCGUGUGAGCAACGAGAGUGAGAAGAGCGAUAAGUCUGACGAGAUGAAGGCAUGGGUUACUGCUACCCUGGGAGAUUCGCUGAAGCUUAUUAGGGAGAAACUGGAAGGAGUAGAUAACAGAUCCAAGAUUAGCAGCAGCGAGAAGGAAGAACUCGAACGGCUUCGAGUCAUCAGUGCUGCGGCUGAGAAGAAGAGCAUGGACUCGUCUAGCAGUGAGAAGCGAAAAAGAGUGCUGGAAGUCAAGACAGACAACCCGCCUGUCUUUCCGCAUGCUUGGAAGCUGCAGAUCGAAAACAGCGUGGUCGAGAUCAAGGUAUCAACCAAGACCGCCCCAAUCUGCUUUCGGUGCAGGGAACGGGGACACAUGGGAACAUAUCCAAACUGUCUAAAAUUUCCCAAACAAACAAAGGAACACAAACUACUCGCUAACAUGAUGGUCGAAGUGGGGGACGCACCCAGUAUUUGGUUCAUCGCGGAUAGCAACUACAAUGGCUGGGUUUUUUAUGAUAACCUGGAAGAACCUGAUUGGGUUUGGCACUAUGCCGACCAGGAACUGAUUGUUAAGAAACCGAACAUUUUCCCCCCAGCUGACAGCAGAUGGCAGAAAAAGGCCACCGGGAAAAUGACAGGUAACCCAUCAAAGAUUAGGACCGAUCCCCUGAUCGACUCACGGGUGAUCAGGGAAGAAAAAGACAGAGAAGAUUUGCUAAGGGACCUGGACAUAGUCAGAGAUCAGGAAGUGCAGGAGUUUAACAAAGAACCAGCCACGGUUAGAAUCUUGCUGCAAAACAUGGAACAAACAGCGCUCCAUAAAAAGAAAGGGGGGCAAACAGACAACAAACGUUCCUUGGAGAACGGAGGGCAUAAAGAAAACCAGGAGGGGGGGCUGAAGAAGAGAAGGGCGACAAAAAUUGGGGAUAGUAAAACCUCGAUCAACGCCCCCGCGGGGAAAGAGGGAAAGGACAAGACAUCAGAGGAGAGGGGAACUGAAUCGGAACAAGGGACGGAAGGAAGCAACUCAAAAAAGGGGAACUCAAAGAAUGACAGCGAAGGGGAACUUGGGCAAUCGCUGCAAUGGCUCAGGGAUUAUGUGGACAAGGUAAAAAGGGAAAGGGAGCAUGCCUUUGAUGUCAGAGUGGCUUGGUCGAAACAUGCGGAGAAAUUGCAGACAAGUGGCAAAAAAGGACUGUUGGGGGCAUGGGGACCCUCCAGCAACCAAUUUCAUGCUCUCAGGAAAGCCAAAGCCGAGGAGUUAUCAGAAUACACUGCGUUUCGAUAUGCAGAAAAGAAGAGAGCAAAGGAACAGGGGGUGAAAGACAAGGACAAAACUGUUCCAGAAUCCAAGGAUGAAUUUCAAGAUCUGCGCCCGAAGAAGUGGAAGUCUGGGAAGAAUCAGAAAAAGAAGGUACCAGACACAAUGCCAGCGGAGUUUCAGGAUGACUCGGGACGAACACUUCUAGAACAAGAAGCGGUAGCAGUUAUGGCCCAGACUGACAAGCUGAAGAAACUGAAUGAAGAAUAUGCACCCGAAUUCACUACGAUCUCUCACAUCGCCAAGAAACAGGCACCCCUGGUAGUGGAAACGGCCCGUUCUUCCAGAUUGACACUAAUGAACAUCAGGCCUUUGAUUGUAGCAAGAUAUUUGGAUAAAGUAAAUGAAUGGCAGGUGGCAACAGAUGUCUCAUUUCAGAUUUCGUGUUUUGAGGAAGGCCAAAACGUGGCAGACAUCCUCAGGGAAAAGGUUACGACAGACUUUCCUCUAGGAGUAUAUGAUACGGUAUCUGACGAGAUGGCUCAACAAGACACGCAGUCUCAAACAGAACAAGAAGACCCAGCAUCACACAGGACAAAACAAGCGAGACACCCUCCCCAAGCUUUUUCACCUCUGAUUGUUAAGUUGUCGACGACGGCAAGUCUGAAAACAGGGAUGAGAUGGAGACCGUGGCGGACGAUAACAGCGGUACCAUACAGCGUACUAGCAGGUCCUUGCCUGCCGGCAGAGCUGACAGCAGUAUCGAUUGUGCAACUGGUUACUUCAGGUGUUGUCUUACAGCAAGAUGAUGGCAAUGGGUAUAGACCCGUAGAGUUCAUGUCUGCCAGGAUGCCUUCAGAAAAGGUAGCGACAUCUACCUAUGAGAGGGAACUCUACGCUCUCAGGCAGGCAUUAGAUCACUGGAAGCACUACUUGCUUGAGAGGCACUUCAAAGUGUAUUCAGACCAUGAGACGUUGAGGUGGUUGAAGACUCAGGCCAAAAUGACACCUAAGUUUACCAGGUGGGCCGCAAAGAUAGACCAAUUUGACUUUGAGCUCAACCCAGUCAAAGGAAAGUAUAAUGAUCGAGAGGACUUGGCGAAUGUGCUGAAGGUGGGACUCGAAGGUGGGGCUAAAGAUGAGGAUGUCAUUAAGGUACACGACGACACAGACUUCGAGGAGGUCACGUAAGAUGUGGUUCAUGGUAGACUGGAAUGUGGCGGGGGCAUUGCCCGAGAACUUUUGGUUAACGUUGGGAGGAGAAAGCACAUAGAAGAAAGGACAGAAUAUACGAAAUUAUUGCGUAGAGAGUAUGGAGGAAUAGGGAGGAGAAAGCACAUAAUAUUGUUGUGUAGAGAGCAGGAAGGAACAGGGAGGAGGAAGCAUGGAACAUACAAAACAUGAAGAGAAAAAUGAAAAUGAAUUGUUAGUUCAAGC